AUGUCGUACCCCUCAACACCCGGACAGUCAGCAGGUCUCGAGAUCUGGCGCGUGGAGAACAUGCGGCCUGUGCCGUGGCCCAAGGAGAAGUAUGGUACGCUGUACUCGGGCGAUGCGUAUGUGGUGCUACACACCAAGGAAGGCCGCGGCGGGCGGCAGAGCUUUGACGCGUACUUUUGGCUUGGCUCGGAGAGCUCGACCGACGAGCGCGGUGGGGCGGCGCUGCUGACGGUCGAGCUGGAUGACCUGUUGGAAGGGCGGGCGGUGCAGCAUCGCGAGGUCGAGGGCCACGAGUCGACUCUGUUCCUCUCGUUGUUCAAGGAUGGCCUGCGGUACAUGAGUGGCGGCAUUGAGUCGGGCUUCCGGGCGGUGAAGCCCGACGAGUACGAGCCGCGGCUGCUGCACAUCAAGGGCAAGCGGUAUGUGCGAGCGGUGCCGGUCGAGCUCAGCUGGCGAUCGCUCAACGAGGGCGACGUGUUUGUGCUCGACCAUGGCCUCACGAUCUUCCAGUUCAACGGCGCCCAGUCGUCACGCCGCGAGCGCGGGCGGGCCAUGGAGCUGACGGUGCGGAUCCGCGACAGCGAGCGCGGCGCGCGGGCGCGGAUUGUGCUCGUCGACUCGCGCAACUCGCACGACGUUCUGCAGGCCGAUCUCGACGAGUUCUGGUCCCUGCUCGGAGGCCCGGUGCCGGCCGGUGAGGCCAUCGCCGCCGGUGACGACGACGACGCCGCGUUUGAGGACGCAACAGGAAGCGCGACGGUGCUGUAUCGGGUUUCGGAUGCGUCGGGCGAGAUGAGCGUCGUCGAGGUCGGCCGGCCGCCGCUCUCCAAGGCCAUGCUCGACACCGAAGACGCCUUUGUCCUUGACUGCGGCGCCGAGCUGUUUGUGUGGGUUGGGUCCGGCGCGACCAAGGCCGAGCGGCGCGACUCGAUGGCCAUCGCCGAGAACUUUCUCACCACAAACAGCCGCCCGCUCCACACGCCGAUUACCCGCGUUGUCGAGCGCGGCGAGACGACCCUGUUCAAGGCCAAGUUUGCCGACUGGUUUGCGGCCGAGCGGGCGGCGCUGACGGCAGCCAAGGAGGCGGCGGCUAGCGAGAGCGCCGCCGCAAGCGCCACUGCCCAACCCGAGGUUGACGUCGAGGCGCUCCGCGCCGCUGCCCGCGAGUACGAAGAAAAGACCAUUGACGAUGGGUCCGGAACCGUCACCGUGUACCGGAUCGAGGACUUUGAGCUCGUCAGAGUCGACCCGCAGCUUCACGGCCAGUUCUUUGCCGGCGACUCGUACGUAGUGCAGUACGCGUACCGCAACGGCAACCGCGACGAGGAGCUGCUGUACAUCUACCAGGGCCGCGACUCGACCGCCGACGAGCGCGGCGCUGCCGCGCUCCAGGCUCGCAACCUCGAUGCCCAGUCGAAGGUGCCGGCAAGCCAAGUCCGCAUCGUGCAGGGCAAGGAAACGUUCCACUUUCUCUCGCUCUUCCCGUCGGGCGUGGUCAUUCGCUCCGGCGGCGCCGCGUCCGGCUUUGGCAACGUCAACGAGACCGACGCGUACGAUCCGCCGGACGCAAUCCAGCUCUUCCACGUCCGCGGAAGCCGGGCCGAGAACGUGCGGGCGGUACAGGUCGAGCCGUUGGCGGCGUCGCUCAACGCCAACGACGCGUUUGUCCUCGACGCCCCGGGCCACCAGUUUGUGUGGCUCGGCGGUGGAGCGUCCCUUGCCGAGCGGGCGAUGGCGUCGGCGGUGGCAAAGACGGUCUCGCGCGUGCCGCGUGACUCGGUGGUUGUGGAAGAGGGCGCCGAGCCGCAGGCGUUUUGGGACGCGCUCGGCGGCAAGGGCGAGUACGCAUCGUACGCACAUCUCGUCGAGGUGCCUGUCGAGCCGCGACUGUUUUGGUGCUCCAACGCCACCGGCUCGUUCCGGGUCGAGGAGGUGCCCAACUUUGCGCAGGAGGAUCUCCUCGGCGACGACGUAUACGUCCUCGACACCUUUGUUGAGGUCUUUGUGUGGGUCGGCGCCGGCGCCAACGCCGAGGAGCGAUCCAAGGCGGCGCAGCUGGCGGUCGACUACGUCGACAGCGCCGACGACGGGCGUGACUCGGCCAACGUCCCGAUCCUGGUCAUCCAGGCUGGCCACGAGCCGCCGCUCUUCACCUGCCACUUUCACGCGUGGGACGCGUCGGCAGCCGCUUCGCUUUCGGCGGCCUACGACGACGCGGGCCUCGCACAGAUGGCCGGCGUUGGGCGCGUGGUCCUUCGCAAGCGCCCGCCGCCGGCCGGCUGCGAUCCCUGUCGGCUCCAGGACUACCUCUCCGCGGCUGAGUUUGCCGAGGUCUUUGGCAUGGAUCGCGAAGCGUUUGAUACGCUCCCUGGCUGGCGGCAGACCAAGCUGCGCAAAGCCAAGAAGCUGUUUUGA